UGUGUUGUGUGUACCCGUUUUUCCCCGCCCCUUCCUUCUUCACCUUCCCACAGCCCACCUCUGCCAGCACGCGUCCCCACACUAGCGAACCGGUUCCGUAAGAGCUUGUGUUCCGACCCGUUCCCACCUUCCGCUCCUGCCUUCCCUCACGUGCGCGAGUCAAUACUCCAGCCCCCAGAGGCCCAGGCUCCGAGGCCUGCGCGCUGGGCCCGCGCUACCCGCUGGGAACGGUAGUUCAGCCCCACAGCUGGCGUCACGCCCCCGGCCUGGCGCCGGAUUUCUGCCCCGAACCGGUUCCUAAGCCUAGCGAAGCUGUUACUCCGACCCAAAGCCUCAUUGGGUGUUGCUGGACGGGAAGGGGCGGCGCCGCCGGGACAGAAAAGGAAAUAAAAGUGAAAGCCACAGCGGCUAAGCGCAGUUGCCAUUACCAGAAAUCCGCGGAGAGCCCAACGUAUGGAAAGCUAAACCACACACUGUCCGGCAGCCGAAACUAUGUAGAAUCCCGAGGAACGGAGAAACUGGCUGGGGCGGACUCCAUAAACUCUCGCAACUUGCCUUCAAAAGGACGCUCCUAUUACCUAAUGGUGUUUCCUUUGAUAGGCCGUGAGUGGAGGCCUGGAUCAGGGAAGGGACUUUCCCAAGGUCACAUAACCGACAAAUAAAAUUCAAAGCGCAGGGUCACCCCCCCCCCCCAAGUCCAAGAUUCUUAGUAGCAUACCUUUCAAAGAAGUGGAAAUCCUACCCUUCGUGCCUUUUAUUUCCAGGAAGCGGGAGCUUCUACUCGCACUUGCCGGAAGUGCCUUUGCCUUGGUACCUGCGUGUUCCUGAAGCGCUGCUGCCUCGUGGUGCGACGCUGGCAGCAACAUGUUUCUGAUUCAGACCCUCCACUUACUGUAAAAAUACAUUACUCAGAACUGCCUGGGAUCAAGACUUUCAAUAAGGCACAAUAUGCUUCAUUUCUUCCAGAAGUUUUCUCGAGCAUCUUCAAAGAUGCUGAAGUCCCCUUUUACAGUUGGACUAGCACUCAGCAAAAGAAGAAAUACACUUUCUCUUAAGACAUGUCCUCAGCAGAACUUUCCCCCUUUGUUUCCAACAUCUUGGCUUUUCUCAUCAUUUCCAGUGUGUAUGAGCAGGACACAGUACUAUCAUACUUCCCCAUGCAGCUUUAAGAAGAAGCAAGCAGUCCUUCCAGCCAGGCCACCAAAAACCAUCACUUACCUUCCUGACAGCCCAAAGCCAGCAUUAUAUAUAACUCUUGCAGGACUAUUCCCUUUUGUUGCUCCUCCACUAGUCAUGGUAAUGACAAAGACCUAUAUCCCCGUUUUAGCUUUUACUCAGAUGGCUUAUGGAGCCAGUUUCCUAUCUUUCUUGGGAGGAAUCAGAUGGGGUUUUGCUCUGCCAGAAGGUAGUCCAGCCAAACUAGACUUCCUUAAUUUAGCUAAUAGUGUAGCUCCUCUUUUGUUUUCAUGGUUUGCCUUCCUUAUUGCUGAAAGACUCAGUGAAGCUAUUAUGACAGUAAUAAUAGGUUUGGGGAUAGCAUUACAUAUUGAACUUUUUAUCUUACCACAUUAUCCCAACUGGUUCAAAGCCUUGAGGAUAGUAGUCACUUUAGUGGCCUUUUUUUCAUUUAUAGUCACUUUAAUAGUUAAAGAUAUUUAUCCAGAGAAAGGACCCCAAAGACCUCAUCAAAUCAAAUAAAUAUAGGGACUUCCUAUAUUUAAGGGUUAAGACACAACCUAUGAAGAUAUGCGCAGCCAUUGCAGCACAAGUUUGAUUCCCGGCCAGCCAGGGAGCAACCCACAUGGGCGCAGCAGACCUCUCCUGACCCACCCACUGCUCCCCUUACCAGUGUACUUUGGUCAGUCUGCCUGUUCUGCUCCCCACUCUGUCUCUGGUGAAUCCUCUCACCCACUACCCCCCACGCCUCUGGCCUAUAUCUAGGUUCUUGUAUGCAUAAAUAAAUCUUAAAAAAUCAAAUAAAUAUAAAAAACUAAUCUGUAAAAUGAUAGUAGUAUGUCGACUACAAGCUUUAUAAGGUUGUGUUUUCACAUCACCUUUUGGUUAUGUUUUUCUGUUUCUCCCAUUUGGCUCUUUUUUUCCUACCCUCAGUAAUUUUACUCUUCACAGACUUUUCAUUUCUAGAAAGCUUUAUUUCAUAGGAAUUAAUUGAGCAAUAACUUGAAAAUCCCUGGCUCCUUUCUCAUGUCAUAUUUAUGUUACAAUUAUCUUUAAACAUCUCAGUGUUUUAACUUGUCUUGAGAAAUUUAAAAAUAAAGAAAAUUUAAAAAUCCCUUUUGCUAAAGCCUU